AUGCUUAAAAGAUUAUACCAUUCAAGUUCACACAUCGGUUCAAAUACUAUAAUAAAUAAUAACUUAAUAGAAUCUAAAAUAUUCAAUAAUGCUAUAAAAUUAAUACCAAAGUAUGGUUUUUCAAAAAAUUGUAUAAAUGAAUCAAUUAAAAAUUUGAAAUAUUCAGAUAGUUUACAAUCAAUAAUAUCAUGGCAAAGUGAUAAAAGUUAUGAAUUUCAAUUAAUGUUAUACUUCUUAAAACAAAAAAGACAAGAGUUGGAAAAUUUUACUAAAAAUACAAAAGUUGAAGGAGUUGACGAGUAUGAAAAAUUAUCAAAAUUAAUUAAAUAUAGAUUAUCUUUAAAUUCUCCAAUUAUAAAUGAAUUAUCCCAAGGUAUGUCUCAAUUAAUAUUACCUUAUAAUUUAAAUGAAUCAAUUGAUGAAUUAUAUAAUUUAAGUGACGAUUUAGCUUUUUAUUCUGGUGAUAAAAGUCAUAGUUUUGAUUGGUAUGCUAAAAGAUUUACAAUUGGUUCUAUUUAUGUUAAAAGUGAAUUAUUUAUGUUAAAUGAUACUAGUGAAAAUUUUGAAAAUACUCAAGAAUUUGUUGAUAAAAAAAUUGAUGAAUUCAAAAUGUUAAGUGAUACUUAUAAUAAUAUUGAGCAAUGGGCUAUUUUUAAUGGUAUAAGUUUGAUUAAUUUGAUUAAAUCACAAUUAAUAAGGGGAUAA